GUAAACGACAAUCAGCUGAAUUUAUUGCUAAAUUCUACAUAAAUAUUUUUAAUGUAUCGCAGAUGGUUUUUUGCUGUUAGAUCCUAAAAAUACCUGGUGACAUAAAGAACUCGUACAAUUUGACGACACACCGUAAAAUAGGGACAUAGAUAUGCAGAACGGGGUUGACACACACGAAGAUAAAAUUUUUGAGUUACCAGUACAAAAUAAAAACGAUAUUACUGCAGAAGAUAGUACCAACAAAACAGCUGGCAAACGAUCCCGUAUGAAAAGAGAUAUGUUGUUAAAUGGUGAAACCACCAAUCCAGUGGAAGUGACAUUUGAAGAUGUUUCUGCUGCCGCUUUUCGAAUCAAAUCUGGAAUCCGACGAACACCCUGCGAUAAAUCGGAACGUUUAUCCGCUAUGCUUGGAAUGGAAGUUUAUUGCAAAAAAGAUUAUAUGCAAGCAACUGGAAGCUUCAAAGAGAGAGGAGCAAGAAAUACACUUUUAAUGCUACCCAAGGAUCAGAAAAAUCGGGGAGUGAUUGCGGCAUCGGCUGGCAAUCAUGCUUUAGCAUUGGCUUAUCACGGAAAGAAGCUGAAUAUUCCUGUUCAAGUAUGCAUGCCCAUAAAUGCACCAAUCACAAAGGUAUCACAAUGUCGCAAGUACGGUGCUGUAAUCCAUAUGAUUGGAGAUGAUAUUAUAGAAGCAAGAGACUAUGGUCUAAACAUAGCUGCCAAAGAAGGCUUGGCGUAUAUUAACGGAUAUGAUCAUCCUGAUAUUUUAGCAGGACAAGGUUCUUGCGGGUUGGAAAUAGCAGAACAAGUUGAUGAUAUCGAUGCUGUAGUAAUACCAGUAGGUGGGGGAGGACUGAUAGCUGGGUGUGCAGUAGCUCUCAAAGCCCUCCAUCCAAACAUAGAAAUUAUUGGUGUUGAAAGUGAAAAGUGCGCAAGUUUUGCUGCUGCCAUGAAAGCUGGCCAACCUGUCAAAAUAUCUUCAGAUCAAUCGCUGACCUUGGCAGAUGGUCUUUGCGUAUCGAAAGUUGGAUCUAACGCAUUUGCUACCGCUAAAGACAACAUUGAUCGACUAAUUCAAGUAAGUGAGUCAUACAUUGCCAUGGCUGUUCUGCGUUUGGUUGAAGAAGAAAAAUGUGUGGUAGAGGGUGCAGGAGCUACUGGGCUAGCUGCGGCAUUUGCUGGCCUAUUACCAGAGUUAAAAGGAAAAAGAGUGGUGUUUCCAUUAUGUGGAGGAAAUAUAGAUUCGACUGUACUUGGCAGAGUGAUAGAACGUGGUUUAGCUGCAGAUGGGCGUUUAGUAAGAUUUUCGGCUGUUGUUUCAGACAGACCAGGUGGGCUAUCAGAGUUAACAAAGAUGUUAUCUGAUCUACGAGUAAGUGUAAAAGAUAUUUUCCAUGAAAGGGCGUGGUUAAAGACAAGUGUUUUUUCCGUAGUAAAUAAAGUGGUAUGCGAAUGUCGUGAUUAUGAGCAUGCGCAAGAAUUAAAAAAAGCUCUUGAGGAUAGAUAUGAUGAAGUUUCGUUCAGUACCAAUGCAGUGCAAGAAUCGUAGCAGAAGCAAAUGAAAUGAUUAUCAUGAAUGUAUCUGUUAGUCAGCAUCUAAAUAUAUAUAUGACAACUGCUUAAUGCUUUUAUAGAGCGCAGUGUUAUAUUCACAAUAUGUAGCUACACUAUUUUUUAAGCAUGUUUUGAUGUCGAACUAACAGUCCUAUUUUUCUCGUUGUAUUUCAUACGAAGAUGUUAGUGUUUUGUUAAUUGUCAACUCAAUUUGUUCGUUGCUGUUCUGUGGGGUUAUUUUAUAACCGCUUAUUCUCCAGCUAGACUAAUACUAAUGAUUAUUUUUGACGCGCAUUCUAUCUGCUUUUUCUCCCUCUCUCCAUGGUAGGCGGGCUCUGAAGUAUGUGUGUUUAUAUAACAAGUGUACAUAUUUUAUAAGCAGUCUGGAGUAGAAUAUAUUAUAUACAAUUAUACAUAUAUUAAAACAUCGUCUUGUGUAAUGAAGGCUGGCUUCAAUUAAAUUCAUAAACUGUAUUUUGAUUACAUAUUGUUUUAUUGACGAAAUUACAAUACUUGUUCGUUGCUGUUCUGUGGGUUUUUUAUAACCGCUUAUUCUCCAGUUAGCCCGAUACUUAUGAUCACUUUUGACACGCAUUCUAUUCUAUCUAUCAUUCCUCCCUCUCUCCAUGGUACGCGAGCUCUGGAGUAUGUGUGUUUAUAACAAGUGUAAAUAUUUUAUGAACAAUUUGUGGUAGCAUAUAUUAUAUACAAUUAUACAUGUAUUAAAACAUAGUCUUGAGUAAUAAAGCCUGGCUUUCAUUAAAA